AUGAUCUUGUGGGUUUUAUAUCCUCUUACAUUUUGCGUGACAACCCUGAAUACCAAAGAGAGCGAAGUCGACGAGGACGAGAGCGAAGAAGAUUUCCAGAAAAGGGUAGAAGAAGCAGUUCAGAAUAUGAAACUCUAG